CAAGGAAGAGGAACAGGAGGAAGGGAGGACUUGUAGUAGAAGUAGGAGGAGUCUGUUUGUUGACAUCAGACGAAAACGAAAAUCAGAUGAGCGAAGGCUGGUGAUAAUAACUCUGUUUCUCGCCUUCAUCAAGACUCAAAUCCUUGGCGAAAGCUAAGGUCCCCUGCACUGCCAAGUCUUGGAUCUGAGCCGUAGAAGAAGAGGCUAACAUGGCAGCCAAAGCAGGAGACAACCCCGACAGCCUCAUGACUCUGGCAACAAUAUUUUGCCUGAGGAACCUCAGAAAGACAAUGUGCUGUCUGGGUUUGGGGGAACAACUCUGCUUGCGCUCAGAUAUCUUUCUUCCCAGUGAAAUCUGUGACAAAUUAGUCAAUGUGUACAUGGAGUUAGUUCAUACAGACAGUAACUUUGAACGAGAGGAGAGCUUUUUCCAAUUAUUCUCAGAACCCUGGAGCACCAGACUUACCAGGGUGCAGUUGAAAGAAGACUUUGUCCACGACAGAGACCUGGAAGCUAUAAAAAAACAGGACCUGAUUGAGCUUCAUCUCACCUACUGCAACAGUCUGUCAUCCCGCAGCUUGAAAACCCUGACCUGCUUCCGUGAUACACUGGUCUCACUUUGUGUCUUUGGCUGCAGUAACAUAUUCUAUAAGAAUGGCGCGAAUGAAGAUACAGAUACUAUUUCAAGGCAGGCAUUAGAGACAGAGUUUAACUUUCAGGGGUUCAACCGUCUGCGGUUUCUCAACCUGGGUGGCCUACCAGAUGAGAUGCAUGCUGAAACCCUGCUCAAACCCUUAAAGUCGCUCACCUCACUAGAUCUAUCUAAUGUACAGUUACUACGAACAGCUUUUCUAACUCAGUGGAAAGACAGACUGGCGUCUCUUGUUCUCUACAAUGUGGACCUUUCAGAAGAGUUGGUCAAUACUGUGGUGGAACUUGUCAAUCUUAGGCAUCUUGACAUCUCACGUGAGAGUAGGAGGACCUCCAAGUUUAAGAUGACCAGAAAAAUCCUGACUGCUAUUGUUCAGCGACUGGUCAGUCUGGUUUCACUGGACAUCUCAGGUCACAUUAUGCUUGACAACUGCACAGUUCCACUCUUAGAAGAAGCUAUGGGUCGUCCAAGUAAUGAGCCAUGCAAGAGCAGCAUCUACCCUUUCCAAGAGCUGAAGAGGCCCUUGCAGUUUUUGGGCUUAUACGACACUACCCUUUGCAAUGUGACACACAUCCCUGCUCAUAAGGUGACUGGGUCAAAAAAUGAAGACCAGGUCCUGAAUGCUAUUGAAGCCUACACUGAGUACCGCCCUGAAUUGGCCCACAGAGCCAUCAAUCAACUGUUUGACAUCGCCAGGAUACAACACUGCAUCCAGCUGCUCCGAGCAUUGCAGCUUGUUAUUGCAGCAUUGAAGUGCCAUAAAUAUGAUAAGAGCAUCCAGGUGACUGGUAGUGCUGCGCUCUUUUAUCUGACAAACACAGAAUACCGCAGUGACCAAAGUAUGCGGCUUCGCCAAGAGGUCAUUCAAGUGGUUUUAAAUGGAAUGGAGGAAUACCAGGAGGUUACUGUGCAAAGGAAUUGCUGCUUGACUCUGUGCAACUUCAGUAUUCCUGAGGAGCUGGAGUUUCAGUAUAGCCGGGUCAACCAGCUGCUGCUGAAUAUCCUGAGGCCAGCAAGGCAGGAUGAAUCUAUCCAGAGAAUUGCUGUGCACCUCUGCAAUGCUUUAGUCUGCCAAGUUGACAACCACCAUAAGGAAGCUGUGGGAAAGAUGGGAUUUGUUAAGACAAUGUUGAACUUAAUAAGGAAAAAGCUGCAAGAUCAAAUGUGUGACCAGGUGAUGGAAUUUUCUUGGAGUGCUCUGUGGAAUAUUACUGAUGAGACACCAGACAACUGUCAGAUGUUCCUUAAUUGUGAUGGAAUGAGUCUCUUUUUGGACUGUCUUAAAGAGUUUCCUGAUAAACAGGAGCUGCAUCGCAACAUGCUGGGGUUACUGGGUAAUGUUGCUGAAGUCAAAGCUCUACGACCAAUGCUGGUGACACCACAGUUCAUCUCUGUUUUCAGCAAUCUACUAGACAGUAAGGCGGAUGGGAUUGAAGUGUCAUACAAUGCAUGUGGCGUGCUUUCCCACAUCAUGUUUGAUGGACCAGAGCUUUGGUCAAUGGAAGAGCCAUUAAGAGACACGGUGAUGGACAAGAUGUGGGAUGCGAUCCAGAGCUGGGACGUCAGCUCACGUCGCAACAUCAACUAUAGGUCAUUUGAACCCAUCUUGCGACUUCUGCCUCAAAGUAUCGCUCCGGUUAGUCAACACUGGGCUACAUGGGCUCUGUACAACUUGGUGUCAGUUUACCCAAGCAAGUAUUGUCCCCUUCUCAUUAAGGAAGGAGGAAUUAGCCUUCUGGAGAGAGUUUUGGAGCUGGAAAGUUCGCAGCCCGAGACUAAGGACAUGGCCCAGAAAGUAAUGGAGCAGUGUGAGAACUUCAAGGAAGACCCUAUGGAAACAAAUCAUGCACAGGAGAUAAACUAUGGACAAAGAGGUUGACACGCCUGAGCCUCAAUAUCUGGCAAACAUCACGCAAACCAAGCUAAAGCUUCCCGUCACCACAAGGAUCAAUGUGUGCAUUUUUCUUUUUAUCGUGAUUAGUUUUACUGCGCCGACCCUUUUCACAGCAGUUUGGGCACAAACAUAAUGUGACAUUUAGGGAUUAAGACGUGGGGCAUGCUAUUUUUGCCUGGGCUGCUCAUAAGCAUCUCCUCUGUUGGGAUGGGGGUUGUUAGGGUGAGUGACUGUUAUCGCUCAGUGAGUGUUUUGUGAAAUAUUUCUUGAUUGAAGAUAGCAGCUGGAUUGAGGCUUUAUUCUCAGUGGAAGGAAACAGACACACUCAGCAACACACAACUAUAACCGUGUGGCAUAGACCAUGGUGGGGGUUAAACUUAGUGAUGUGGUGUUGUACAACACCUGUAUGAGGUGGCCACCCUCUCCCAGGAGCUCACUGAGCUGUGUUCACAUGCACAGUGAAUAUGAGCCAGUACGCAAGUCGGCUGACGUUCGCUGGAGGGAAGACUCUGCAGAUAGACUUUUUGUUAUAUAUGUAAAUAUUGUUGAUCCCUUCCUUUUACUCUGUGUGUUUUAUAAAUAUAACUGUAAACCCCUGAGGUUGUACCCUCUAUUUAAAUUUAGGUUGGGCUGGCAAAUGUUCAGUGGAUAUUCAAUCACACAACUGUAGGUUAACAAUCAGUGGUCUAUAAAGGAUCAUUUAGCUUUAGCACAACCUCCCUGAGCAUCCAGAUUUUAGAAUUGAAUGCUAUCUUUUAUACAUUUUCAUUCACUUGACUGUGGGUGGUAAAAAGUGUGCACGCUUCCCUUUAGAUAUGAAAGGUGACAAAUCAUUCACAAUUACUACAACACUAGUACUAUGUUCUCUUUCACAGUUUCACACACACACAACUGGCAAAUCACAUUGUCAAGUAGUUGAUAUGAAAUCUUGCGGGCUUCAGGAAAUGUCUACACGGCGUGUUCCAAAGUAACAAACUGUCACUAUACCCCAGUAUCAAUGGAUAACAAGAAUAAUAAAGAGGUUGGGGGAACCACAA